GUGUCCCAGUGACUACGUGGGUAACCGCUGCCAGUACCCGAGCCCCUGCAGCCCCUCCCCCUGCAGGAACGGAGGGGAAUGUCGCGCCGUGUUACAUGGCAACGGGUUUGAUUUCCGCUGCGUGUGCCGCCUGGGUUUCACCGAUGAACUGUGCCUGACCCCCAACAACCACGCCUGCAUGAGCUCCCCCUGCCGCAACGGGGGGACAUGUGACCUCAUCACCCUCACCGUGUUCCGCUGCAGGUGCUCCCCUGGAUGGUCAGGUAAAACCUGCCUGCUCUCUAACCCCUGUGCGUCCAACCCAUGUGCAAACGGGGGCCAGUGCUCGGCCUUCGACUCCACCUACAUCUGCACCUGCCCCCCCGCCUUCCACGGUCAAACCUGCAAGCAAGACGUAAACGAGUGCGCCCAGAGCCCCUCCCCCUGUUUCAACGGCGGGGCGUGUGUCAACGAGGUGGGCUCAUACAGUUGCCGCUGUCCUCUCGAGUACAGGGGCCAACACUGUGAGACCCCCUACAUGCCCUGCAGCCCCUCCCCCUGCCAGAAUGGAGGCACCUGCGUGCAGAAGGGAGACACCACCUACGAUUGUAGCUGCCUUCCAG